GCCAAGAUCGCGUCUUUUCACAAAACGCCAUGAGCAGUGCCGCGGCCGAGGCGGCGACAAAGGAAGGUCUGGACAAGGCCGGCAACGACACCGUCAAAGGGAGCGCCCCCCAUGUGGUAGAGAAGAACCCAUGGUUGCAUGCGUACCACAACUCGGUGGCUGGGAUCAAAGCAUUCACCAACUGCGUCCAACUCGCUGACGUGUACGGCGAUGGCGACAGCAAACUGAUCGUGGCCGAUUCCGACCGCCGUCUCAAGUUGUACAAAGGGUCCACCUUGAUGAGCGAGCAAGCGCUCCUUGGCGUCCCCGUCGCGCUGUGUGCAUUCUAUUCUGAAUCGACGCGCCCACGCAUGCCGUCCAUCGCGGUCGCGUCCGGCCCAUCCAUAUACAUUUACCGCAACAUGCGCCCGUACUACAAGUUCACGGUCCCCGUCUUGGACAUCGAUCCCGAAGAAGAAAAGUUGUGGAAGAGCAUCGCCAAGUGCGAGACGGACAUCCCGGCCGCCACCCACCAGCUCAACCUCCUUCGUGCCAACGGGUCUCGACUCACCCAACGCUCCCGCGGCUUCCUCGCCAUCGAUGACAUCGACCAGCAAGCGGAGUACAUGUCCAGGUGUAUGGACGAGCCACUUGUCGAGCAGACCACCAUCACGUGCAUGACGACAGUCAACAAAAACAUGGACGAGAAGGAUGCCAUCUCUUGCUUGGUGGUCGGGACGGAAGCGGCCCAGGUAUACAUAUUGGAUCAGCAGGGCACUGCCGUGCUGUGCAAGACAGCGAUUCCUGCGGUGCCCGUCGACAUGGUUGUCAACGGCCUCUACGAUGUCGAGUACCGCGUGAUUGUGUCGUGCCGCAAUGGCUCUGUUUACACAGUCAAGAACGGCGAGCUCCUUCGCAGCGUCAUCGAGCUCGAGUCCCCCGCGUGCGGACUCUUGCAAAUGGACAAAAGCAUCAUCGUCGCGUGCGUCGAUGGCAAGGUCAUCUCGUACCAUCUCAAGGGCAAGAAAAACUGGAGCAUGGCGAUGCCACACGACAUUGUCGCGUUGGAAGCGAUGAAUUUGCGCCGAACCAAGCACACCAAGGGCAUCCUGAUUGCCCUGCGCAAGGGCGAGAUCCUGCUCUACCAUGAAAAGAUCAAGGUGCACAGCUUCAAGAUUGAAGGGAGCUUGACUGCCAUGGUUUUUGGUCAAUUUGGCCGCGAGGAAGCGUCGCUCGUGCUCGUGCACAAGACGGGGGCGCUCACUCUCAAGAUCCUUCAACGGAACGCGGACCUCGAAGCGAAUGCCACCGCCGCGGGCCCUCCGCCCGAGCAAGACGUGCCACUCAACGUCCCAAAGAAAACCAAGCUGUACGUCGAGCAGACGCAGCGCGAGCGCGACCACGCCACCGAAAUGCACCGCCAUUUCCAGCGCGACUUGUGCAAACUUCGCCUGACGACCGUCCGUUCGUAUGUGAAAGUGAUUCGCGACGGCCAAGGCCCCGUGUCGUACGCGACGGGCGCCGCGAUUCGACUCCAUGCCAAAGUACAAGGCAUGGGUCCGCGCUUCAAAAUCCACUUGCAGCUUCAGAACGCUGGGACCAAGUUUGCAUCCGACGCGCCCCUCGCGCUGCAUUACGACCACACAUUGUACCGAGUCCACCCGAGUUUGUUGAUUGUGCCGCUCCUCUUGCCGGGCGUGCUGUACACAUACACGGUCGAUGUCGAGAGCGUAUCGCCCGCCGCCGACAGCAUUUACAUUUUUGUGUGCGGCAAAGGCAGCUGCGUCCCGCUAGUGUCUGCGGUCGUCAACAUGCCGUUGAGUGAACUGUUGGCGGUCGGCGCCCCCUGACGUCGCGAUGCCGACGCCCAUGCCAUCGAUACAUAACAAAUUCUCUCCACGGCGA